GAGUGUUUAUCAUUUAUGCAGCAAAUUUUGAAUAUUUAAUAAUAUAAUGGUAAUGGUUAGUGUAAUUCAAAGUAAUUCAAAACUGGUGACCUAUUUCGUGGUUGCGCAUAAUAUGCGUGCUAGCUGUGUUAAACGGCAUGUAGCAAAAACAGAGAAAGUACCGAUUUGCAGAGGAGAGAGAUGCAAUGAGUUAAUUUGUAGUGUUUCGUGUUAGUACAUGAAUCUAGCUACUUCCAAUAAGAUGGCAGGGAAGACUUGCUGCUCUGGUCGACGCAUUUUAAUAGGAAUUUGUGUCGUUCAGCUGGUUGCGACACUGGAGCGGCAAGUUUUCGACUUCCUGGGUUACAUGUGGAUGCCGAUCGUUGCCAACUUCUUCCAAAUAAUGCUAGUGAUCUUUGGUCUGUUCGGUACAUUUCAGUAUCGACCGAAGUACCUAGUCACUUACGUCGUCUGGUCGGUGUUGUACAUCGGAUGGAACGUCCUUGUCAUCUGCCUGUAUCUGGAAGUAGGAAAUCUAAGCAUCGCAAAUAACAGCGCCAUUCUAAAUCUGGGAACCAGCAGCCGAAGUUGGUGGUAUGACAAUGGCAUUGCCUGCGACAGUGGCAACGGCACAGCAAUGCAGGCGCAUGUUGCGACGACGUCAAGCGUUUCUGGCUGCCUGCUCGGCUACGAGUAUGUGGAGACGUUACACGCCGCACUGCAGAUUCUUUUCUCUGUUUUAGGAUUUAUUUUUGGCUGUUAUGUGAUACACGUAUUCAACGAAGAAGAUGAUAGUUUUGCUUUCGUAGGCGGAUUCGAUCCGCUAUCGGCCUACUCUCCUCCCACCAAGACUUCUCACAUGCAGUUGCAGCCGAUUACAUACUAAGAUGAUUUCCGUCGUGUACCGCAACCCCGACGACAUGAUCUAUGAAGAUAUUCUCGUGAAGGAGACGUCGC